AUGUUCCCUGCACGCGCCACAACUAUCAACACUGCGCGACCUACCCGGCAUUCCAACAUUGCUGAUAACUCCGACCAGGCUCUUGAAUUAGUUACCUUUGUCGCUGAUCUCUCAUUUCCGCUAUGUGUUUCUCUGUCAAUCGACUGCGUGCCGAAAUUCAACGAGUUAAAGCUCAACAAGACGCUCAAGUUCAUCAUAUUCAAGUUGACGGAUGAUUACAAGGAGAUUGUAGUUGAAGAGGCCAGUGAAGACCCGGAUUGGGAAGUUUUCCGCGAGAAACUUAUCAAUGCUGAGUCUAAGAACAUGAAGACUGGUAAAGUCACCAAGGGUCCACGAUACGCUGUCUAUGAUUUCAAUUACGAUUUGGCUUCUGGUGAAGGUUCAAGAAGCAAAAUUACCUUCAUUGCUUGGUCGCCUGAUGAUGCUGGUAUCCAGGCCAAGAUGGUGUACGCGUCGUCCAAAGAUGCUCUUAGGCGCUCCUUGAAUGGUAUUGCCACUGAGGUCCAAGGCAACGAUACUGACGACAUCGAGUACCAGACCGUCCUCAACAAGGUCAGCAAAGGACUGGCGUAA